AUGCUCAGUCUACUGCGCCCCCUGCUGGCCGUCUGCUUGUACUUGCUGCUGCCCGGCGGCCAGGGCUGGAACCCCGGGUACAACAAUGGCUUUCACUACCAGGACAUCAGCAACGGGAACGGAAACGGAGAGAUCUAUUUUAACGGGAUUCGCCUCCACGUGGAUUCCCCGCAGCUUUCAGUGUCGGCCACCAGGGGGAGCACCGUCACCCUCCCCUGUCACUACCACUACGAGCCUGAACUGUCCGCACCACGCAGGACCCGGGUCAAAUGGUCCUGGUUGCCUGCCAACACCAUACAUGCACCUGCUUCCCCCGAAGCCUUCGCCAGGGAAACUGAGGUUAUGGUCGCCAUGGGCAACCGUCACCGCAGCUAUGGCAGCUUCAGGGGCCGCGUGCGCUUGCGACGUUCGGCACCAGGGGAUAUGUCCCUAGUGAUAAAUGAGCUGCAACUCAACGACACCGGCAGAUACCGAUGUGAGGUGAUUGAUGGCUUGGAGGACGAGAGUGUGACGGUGGAGCUGGAGCUACGAGGCGUGGUGUUCCCCUACUACUCUAAGAAAGGACGCUACCAGUUUAACUUCUUUGGGGCCCAACAAGCAUGCCAGGAUCAGGAGGCCACUCUGGCUACGUUUGAGCAACUCUUCACAGCGUGGGAGGAGGGGCUAGACUGGUGUAAUGCUGGCUGGUUGGCUGAUGGCACAGUGCAGUAUCCAAUCACAGUCCCACGUGACGGCUGCGGGGGCGUGGAUAUAGCUCCUGGUCUGCGCAGCUACGGACAACGGCAUCGCCUUCUCUACCGCUAUGAUGCUUUCUGUUUCUCUGCCUCGGUCAAGGGGACUGUGUACUUCUUAAACAACCAGACCAAGCUCAACUUUACAGAAGCGGUCCAGGCUUGUGCCAGUGAUGGAUGUCAAAUUGCCAAAGUGGGCCAGCUGUACGCAGCCUGGAGGCUGAUGGGAUUGGACCGCUGUGAUGCCGGAUGGUUGGCUGAUGGGAGUGUCCGUUAUCCUAUAACAAAGGCCCGAGCUAACUGCGGCCCACCAGAACCAGGGGUGCGUAGUUUUGGGUUCCCCCCUUUAUACCUGAAAUUUGGUGUCUACUGUUAUCGGUAGAUUCUUUCCCCACAACACAAGAGACAAACAAACCUGCAGCACUGGUCCAAGCUCUGCUUGAGAGGUUAGCCUUGGCUGUAGCCUGGAAGCUAAUUAGCAGUUAGCCAGUUUGUUCAUUACUGAGAUAUUUUGAUGUCAUGUGGGUUAAUUGCUCUCCACCUCCAUAAGACUGUAACUGAUCAGUGUUGAACUCAACUACCAGUCAACAACUGUUAAACUAUAAGCAUCCAUUAUGCAAUGCCAUUUGUACAAAAUAUUUACAUUAUAUGGCCAGAAGUAUGUGGACACAACCAUUACACCCACAUCUCUUUCUAAAACUAUGGGCAUUAUUUUUGCUGCUGUAACAGCAUCCGCUCUUCUGGGAAGGCUUGCUUCAAGAUUUUGGAACCUUUUCGCAGAAAUUUGGUCUCAUUUCGUCAUUGGAUGGGUUUGAGGUCAUGGCUCUAUGCAGGCCAGUCAAGUUCUUCCCCACCGAAUUCUGAAUUUUUUUACAUGGGGGGCAUUGUCUUGUGGAAAUAGGAAAGGACCUUCCACAAACUAUCGGAAGCGCACCAUUGUAGAAAAUAUCUUUUUAUCUACCUAAAUUUGAACCUAAGGGUACUAACUGACCAUGAAAACAAUCCAUGAGUAGUAUUAUUAUUAUAUGGGGUGUCCACAUUUUAUUGGCCAUUUAGUGUAUAGUGUCUAACAACAGAAAAAUAUAUCACAUUCCCAUAAGUUUGUUUGUAGAUUCAGUAAUUUUUUGCUGCAAGUUUUCCCUCACAGGUCAAAUCAAGCUAAUGUUGCUCCAAGUUCUUUGCCACAGUUUCUUAUUGCCUUUUUGAUAGCUCAAGAAGGACCGUAAACGGGGGAUAACACACAGCAAAGGGCUGUGAUCUUCAUACUCAAAUUAAAUCACUGCUCCCCAACCGUACCUCAAUCCUUUACCUACCCUCUAUUUAUUCAACACACCAUUGACGUUGUCUGUUUUCUGCUGUGCUCGUCAGAACAUUUAAACAUUCAAUCUUGGGAGCUUCAUACUACAACCACAAACUUCUGGGUUAAGUGCCUUGCUAAAAGGCACCUUGAUGGUUGAGGAAGUGGGGGGUGUUUCUCAUUAUUGUCCUGUCAGAUCUGUCCAGUUGGUCCACGAUUGUACUCUUACUAACUGAAGGUUACUCUUUCUGUCUUUCUAACACUGUGAAAUAUACUAGAGUCUUUGUUUGUCUCCUGAAAUGUUUGUGUAUCCCAUUUUAUUAAGUGUAAUGCAUCUCUUUUUCAUUUUUCUGGGUGAUUAAGAGUAGUGCUCUAUGGUGGAGAGUUAUGAUUGAGUAUCUGUAUUGUUGUAAUAUUUAAACUAUAUUGUUGACAUCCAUUGUGGAAGAAGAAACAGUGUUUCGUUACAUGUAUCAUUUGUUUUUCAGCAUAUAUGUCUAAGCAUUUGUACCAUUUUCUACAAAGUAAUUAAAACACCACUUUUGAGA